AUGAUUAUAAGUAAAAGUCAGAGAAUUAUAAUUUCGAGACCAAAUGGGCCGAUACAACUCUGUAGCCAUUACUACCAAGGACACUGGUGGAGCCAGACCAAAACUAAAAAAUAUGGCAACAAAGCCAAACAAGGUACAGCUAGUCGUGGUCUAGGUAUCGCUAGUCGUGGUCUAGGUACUGCUAGUCGUGGUCAAGGUACAGCUAGUCGUGGUCUAGGUACUGCUAGUCGUGGUCAAUGUACCGCUAGUCGUGGUCUAGGUACAGCUAGUCGUGGUCUAGGUACUGUUAGUCGUGGUCUAGGUACACCUAGACGUGGUCCAGGAACAGUUAGUCGUGGUCUAGGUACCGCUAGACGUGGUCUAGGUACUUCUAGUCGUGGUCUAGGUACAGCUAGUCGUGGUCUAGGUACUGCUAGUCGUGGUCAAGGUACACCUAGACGUGGUCCAGGAACAGCUAGUCGUGGUCUAGGUACCGCUAGACGUGGUCUAGGUACUUCUAGUCGUGGUCAAGGUACCGCUAGUCGUGGUCUAGGUACAGCUAGUCGUGUUCUAGGUACCGCUAGUCGUGGUCUAGGCACCGCUAGUUGUGGUCUAGGUACCGCUAGUCGUGGUCUAGGUACCGCUAGUCGAGGUCUAGGUACCGCUAGUCGUGGUCAGGUUACAGCUAGUCGUGGUCUAGGCACCGCUAGUCGUGGUCUAGGUACAGCUAGUCAAUUCGUGUAAUUUAUAUCCCCCGCUUGCAGGACAUAUUGUAGGUAAACAUUAUGGAGGUUAAGUUUAAACAUGUGAGUAUCUUGCUGUUGAGACAUAAUGUAUAGCUUGGAACUCGAAAUAAAAAAAACCUUAUACCUCAUUAAUUAUCCGGAUGUGCCUACAGAAUGUGGUUGAAUAUCUGCACAAUAUCUACAGUAAUUAUCACACGAACCCCAAAGAGUUCCCGAGAUGGGUGGAAAGACAUAGGAACAAAAACAUUGUUAUC